AUGCAUUUACGAUCGAUUUUUCUUGCUCCUUUUCGUCUCCUAAUCUACUUAUUCAUUAUAUCCAGCCUGUUUCUUCUGCAAACUUCACGACCUAUUCAAGCAAUCUCUCUUAGCCGAUUAUGUGGGUCGUUCGGACAUUCAUGUUUUGGAGCAAAUUGGGGUAAACGUUCGUCAUCGGAUGAAACAUCAACACGAUAUAUCAGACUAAAUUUAAAUGAUAAUGAUGAGGCGCGACCAGUGCCGGCUGCUGGAGAAGAUGAUAUUCUCAAAGAGUUUCGAGCGAAACUGCUUCGACAACGCUUACGGCAGUCGGCCAGCCUUGACUACGAUCGGAUUAGGCGUUCAUUACAUUAA